UCUUCAAUUUCUCGCUCCCUUGUCUAAAAAUCAAAAACCCUAAAUACGACGUUGCCUUACAAUUUGUCUCUCUUCAAUCCCAAAAUCAAAAAUCCUUAUUAAAACUUUAGCUUUGCUUUCCUCCUCAAAUCUCCUUCUAACAAAUUCUUCAAUUAAUUUAUCUAACCCUAAUUUUUCGCCAUGGAUGCUCAAAGGGCUCUUCUCGACGAACUCAUGGGUGCAGCUCGAAAUUUGACUGAAGAAGAAAGAAAAGGGUAUAAAGAGCUAAAGUGGGAUGAUAAGGAAGUUUGUGCGUCUUAUAUGGUUCGAUUUUGUCCUCAUGAUCUUUUCGUCAACACUCGCAGUGAUCUUGGGCCAUGUCCAAGAGUUCAUGACCAAAAGCUGAAGGAGAGCUUUGAGAACUCUCCAAGACAUGACUCUUACGUUCCUCGCUUUGAAGCUGAACUAGCUCAUUUUUGUGAGAAAUUGGUAGCAGACUUGGACAGGAAAGUUAGACGUGGGAGGGAACGCUUGGAUCAGGAGGUUGAACCUCCCCCUCCCCCUCCUAUUUCAGCUGAAAAAGCUGAGCAGCUCUCUCUAUUGGAAGAGAAAAUAAAGAAUUUACUUGAACAAGUUGAGUCACUGGGAGAAGCAGGCAAAGUUGAUGAGGCAGAAGCACUUAUGCGCAAGGUGGAUAUUCUUAAUAUGGAAAAAGCUGCGUUAACUCACCAGCCUCAGAAUGCAGCAACAAUGAUGACUCAGGAGAAAAAGAUGGCACUAUGUGAAAUUUGUGGUUCAUUCUUGGUAGCCAAUGAUGCUUUGGAAAGAACUCAAUCACAUAUUACUGGAAAGCAGCACAUUGGUUACGGCAUGGUCCGUGAUUUCCUUUCUGAAUACAAGGCGGCUAAGGAGAAGGCAAGGGAAGAACAAAAGUUAGCAAGAGAGAAAGAAGCGGAAGAACGAAGGAAGCAAAGAGAGAAGGAAAACGAGAGCAAAAACAGAAGAAGUCACUCAAGUGAAAGGGAUCGUCUUCAUGAUCGUGACAGGGAGUACAGCAGAGACCGUGAAAGAUCACGAGAUUGGAACAGUAGGGGUUAUCGAGAAGAAGGAAGAGGGAUGGAUCGGAGAAGGCAAACUGAUCAUCGUAAUGGAAGGGAUGGAGGAAGUAGGUACCAUGGUCGAGAUCGUGCAAGGAGCAGAUCACGGUCUCCUGCUAGGUAUGGACAAGGGAGGUGACCCAAGAGUCCUUUUGGCAGAUCAGUCGCCAGUGGGUUGUAUAGAUAAUCCAUGAUCUUAAAAACCUACUGAAUUACUGAGGUAGAUGCUUUUAUAUCUCAAGAUGUUUUGUGUGUGUGUUUUUGAGCUGUUACAUUGCAGUCUUAUUGGGGGUUAAACUUUUCUUUAUUUUCCAACAGUGUUGAGAUUGUACUGUCUCCUUUCAACAAUUCUAGAGGUUAAAGGGAUUGAGGUAGGUAACCCUUUAUUGUAAUUUUGCCUGUAGUUUAAGUAUGCUUUGGUCACUUGGUCUUUGAAAUAUUUUUCAAUCUUGCAUUUCUGUUUUUCCGGGAGGUAUUCGAGAAAAACGUGCAACUAUGCUGUAUGGCUUGUGUGCCACUGUUGGCUUUCGUUCUUUGUGUCAUGGGUGCUGAUUUUGCUUCACCUAUUAAAUUUUGCAUGCAUGUACAUUCAUAAUUUUUCUGAGACAUAGUAUAUGUACACUUCUGUUGACUGGUGAGGAUGAAUGAUGGUGGCAAGUUUUGACAAUGGAUUUUAGAUUUCCUUAAGAUGAAUGGAAACCUUUCCUGCUUUCCUUAAGCUCACUGCAAGUGCAUCCCGAUUCAUGAUUCUUCAGACGCAGUUUUGUCAUCAAAACUGAGCUAGUGUGGGUAACUUUUCUUUAUGCAUUCUUCUUAUGUAAGUUGAUUUGUAUUACGAUCUUCUUUGUUAGCGGUUGUUGCAACUCUCUCAUGUCUCGUCAUAAGCGAUAACAUUUUGAGACAUUAAUGACACGGAUAGUUUCUAAAAAUAAAUAGGAAACAUAGAAAAACUUCACUUAUAUUGAAACAAUUUUUAUGAAGCUGUAUCUUCUAGAGAGCCCAGAUAACAUUUUAAUUAGGGUUGUUUCAGAGCACGGAUGCACUUCGUGCCGAAUGCAUAGAAGUCUGGAAACAAUACAAAAUGCUUAAGUUCAGGGUGUUGAGGCAUCUGCGUAUUCUUGAAGGUAACUUAAAUAAAAACUGCAAUACAUUUUAAUUAGGGUUGUUUCAGAGCACAGUUUCACUUCGUGUGGAACGCAUAGAAGUCUGCAAACACUACAAAAUGCUCAAGGUCGGGGCAUCAGGGCAUCUGCUUGUACUUGAAGAGCCUCUUGCCUGUUCAUAAUCUGCCUGAGAAUGUCAUCCUCGGAAUUCAUGUAAUUCAAAUUGUAUGGACUGACCGCUGAUCGAUGCUUUGGUGUAUUUAUUUAUUGUCCUUGGAUCGUGCAUCUUUUAUACGAUGAACCAAAUUUCCAUUGCCUUCUAACAGUUUGCGCCGUUUUCGAUA